AUGUCGGAACGCGAGAUGCCCGAAGAGACCAAGUACCCUCCCCAACUCCACCUGGAUAGCAUAGGGAACCAGAAGCCAGGGUCAGCAUCCUCGCCUAUUGCCGAUCCGCCAAUCACACAUCGUCCGCUACUCCCCAUGCAGUUAGCGUCACAUGCCAUCUCCACAUUAUCCGCUAGUAAGACCCAGACUACGGGCACCAUCACGACGACGUCAAGCACAGACCAAGCUACCAGUGGUGGCAAACUUCUUACACCUGCCAGCCUGGCCCGAAAAAACGGGCGCUACGACGCCGGUUUCGAUGCGUUACAGGGGGCUGUUCGCGCACGCGCUUUGCAGGAUGCAGGCAGAGAGUUGGGCUUCGAGCUCCCUGUUCAGUCCUUCAUGCACGACCGGUGGCAACUUGAUGGCUGGCUCGCUCAGCAGUCAAAGUAA